AUGGACCUCCGCACCGCCGUGUACAACGCCGACCAUGACUGCAAGCUGCAGCUGCUCCAGAAGCUGCUCAGCGGCCGGAGCCGGGAGGAAGGGGACGAGCUGACUGUAGGUGCCGGCGGGGGGACGCCGCUGCUCAUCGCCGCCCGCUACGGCCACCUGGACGUGGUGGAGUACCUGGUGGACCGGUGCGGCGCCAGCGUGGAGGCCGGUGGCUCGGUGCACUUCGAUGGCGAGACCAUCGAGGGCGCGCCGCCGCUGUGCGCCGGCCACCUGGACUUGGUGCGGAGCCUGCUGCGCCGCGGGGCCUCUGUGAACCGCACCACCGCGCGCACCAACUCCACGCCCCUCCGCGCCGCCUGCUUCGAGGGCCACCUGGAGGUGGUGCGCUACCUGGUCGGCGAGCACCAGGCCAACCAGGAGGUGGCCAACCGGCACGGCCACACGUGCCUCAUGAUCUCAUGCUACAAGGGCCAUGGUGAGAUCGCCCGCUACCUGCUGGAGCAGGGCGCCCAGGUGAACUGGCGCAGCGCCAAGGGCAACACGGCCCUGCACGACUGUGCCGAGUCCAGCAGCCUGGAGAUCCUGCAGCUGCUGCUGGGGUGCAAGGCCCACAUGAAACGUGAUGGCUACGGCAUGACCCGGUUGCUCCCGGCCAGCGUGACGGGCCACACCAACAUCGUGGAGUACCUCACCCAGGAGCAGCCCGGCCAGGAGCAGUUCACAGGGGGAGAGGCUCAGCCUGGGCUGCCCCAAGAAGGCUCCUCCACCAGCCAGGGGUGUGCGCAGCCUCAGGGGGCUCCGUGCUGCAGCUUCUCCCCUGAGGCACUGAACAGGGAAUCUUACCAAAGCUGCUGUCCCACCAGCCGGGAAGCUACCGUGGAAGCCUUGGAAUUGCUGGGAUCUACCUCUGUGGAUAAGAAACGAGAUCUGCUUGGGGCCCUUAAACACUGGAGGCGGGCCAUGGAGCUGCGUCACCAGCGGGGCGAGUACCUGCCCAAACCGGAGCCCCCACAGCUGGUCCUGGCCUAUGACUAUUCCAGGGAGGUCAACACCACCGAGGAGCUGGAGGCGCUGAUCACCGACCCCGAUGAGAUGCGUAUGCAGGCCCUGUUGAUCCGGGAGCGCAUCCUCAGUCCCUCGCACCCCGACACUUCCUAUUGUAUCCGUUACAGGGGCGCCGUGUACGCCGACUCGGGCAAUAUCGAGUGCUACAUCCGCUUGUGGAAGUACGCCCUGGACAUGGAACAGAGCAACCUGGAGCCUCUGAGCCCCAUGACCGCCAGCAGCUCCCUCUCCUUCGCUGAACUCUUCUCCUACGUGCUGCAAGACCGGGCUGCCAAAGGCAGCCUGGGCACCCAAAUCGGCUUCGCAGACCUCAUGGGGGUCCUCACCAAAGGGGUGCGGGAAGUGGAAUGGGCCCUGCAGCUGCUCAGGGAGCCCAGAGACUCGGCCCAGUUAAACAAGGCGCUGGCCAUCAUCCUCCACCUGCUCUACCUGCUGGAGAAAGUGGAGUGCACCCCCAGCCAGGAGCACCUGAAGCACCAGACCAUCUACCACCUGCUCAAGUGCGCACCCAGGGGCAAGAACGGCUUCACCCCUCGGCACAUGGCUGUGGACAAGGACAACACAAACGUGGGCCGCUACCCCGUGGGCAGAUUCCCCUCCUUGCACGUGGUCAAAGUGCUGUUCGACUGCGGGGUGGACCGGGACAGCAGGGAUUUUGACAACAACACCCCGCUACACAUAGCAGCCCAGAACAACUGCCCGGCCAUCGUGAAUGCCCUGAUUGAAGCAGGGGCCCACACGGAUGCCACCAACGCCUUCAAGAAGACGGCCUACGAGUUGCUGGCAGAGAAGCUGCUGGAGGGUACCAUGCAGCCCUUCAACUACGUGACCCUGCAGUGCCUUGCGGCCCGGGCCCUGGAUGAGAACAAGUUCCCUUACAAGGGCUUCAUCCCGGAAGAUCUGGAGGCAUUCGUCGAACUGCACUGA